AUGCAGAAGUUCACAGCUCAACUUCCUCGACGACCUCGGGAGUUUCUGAGGGAAGCGUCGUCUGGCCAGAGAACGUCCCACACAGCCCAACAGGAGGAACGCAAAAUCCACACGAUGCCAUCAGGAGAAGAUCGACGAGAACAAGACCCAAACUGCAGCUUCCAGUAUCUCAAGCAACACCCAAAUAUCAUCACAGAAGCAGUCGUCGAUCUCAGAUUGCUUCCAAGAAUUUCCGACUCGCUGGAAGCAAAGGAAACUCUUGGCAGUUCGCAAGACGAUUCCUUGGCCAUCGCGAGGAGAGGAAGCUUCUUGCAAGACUCGUUCUUCUCCGACAUUCGCCGAGACUUCGACGCCUCCGUCAGGGAAAUCUUGAAGAAAUGCGACGACUCCGACCUCACGCUGACAGGCGAUGUCAGUCACAGUGACAUCCUGAGCCGCUACAGGCAGCUUCGAUCUCGAAACAUGAGGGAAGAGAACCAGGCCUUCUGCGUCUCGUCAGACAGUGCCAGCCUCAAGAUCGUGCUGGACGUGCAUGACUUCAUGCGCGGAGACGUCAAGGUGAAAGUCGUCGACGAGGAGCUGGUGGUGGAAGGGCGGCGCGGGAGGAGGAAGGAGGGUCGUCCGUCUCGACACGGUCCUUCAGCCGCCGCUUUUCCCUGCCUCAUCACACUGACAUGACACGCAUCACUUCUGUCAUGUCUUCGGAUGGCAUACUCACAAUAACUACUCUUAAAACGGCAGGAGAACCACAGCAAAACACACGCGUUAACUUCUCCACGACCGAGGAAAGGAAGGAAUCAUCAACAGCUCAAGACUCAACACCCGAAGCAGUUUCGUCCACGACGGG